AUGCGAGAAUUGUGGCUGGCGUGUGCAUUAAUAGCAGCCGUUUGUGGGCAGUCGAUCAACAAGGUGCACCUCGGAUUCCCGGAGACGUGGGAUGGGGAUAAGUAUCGGGAACUGUAUUGUCCGUCCAAGAAUAUUCCCAAGUGGCUCGACGGAUAUUUUCUAUGCCAAUUAUCGGCCAGCUACGGUAAUUCGUCGGCUCCGCCUGGCCAGCGUCUCAACCAUAUGAUUGAUGCUAUUGGGGCCGUUGCCUCGUUUCAUAUCAGUAAUGGGCAGGUCGUCUUCUCCGCCCAGUACUACCCAGCGAGACCUUACAAAAUUUGGGAGUUCUACGACCGAAAUAUGUCAAAGUCCUCGAUCCCGUGGGCCGGCUGGUCGGACUAUAACUUGACUGCCAUGGCGAGAUGGGAGCAGGUCCCCUCGAACCCCGACUCGGCCCGAUUCCACCCGAAUCUCGAUUUCUGGAAGAUUGGAAACCGGGUGAUUGCCGGUACUGAAGCGCCCUACUGGGUCGGCUACGAGUUUGAUGUCAAGACUCUCAACAAAUUCCAAUUGUUCCCGUUCACCGAGGAGAACGAUAUUUUCGGAGAGCCCAGGCCUUCGAUGAUCCCGAUUUCGAUGGCUAUUCAUGAGAGAAACGAUGCCGAUGGCACGAUCUGGGGCACAUUUUCCGCGAUGAACUUCAAUGAGCAGCGGUUCUUCCAGGGCAUCUUCACCGUCGACAAAAAUGGCGUGAGAAGGGUGGUUGGGCUGUACGAUUACGGGGUUUGGGAUCAGAACGCUUGCGGGAGGGAUGAUGAGUAUAUUGGCGACAAGACGCUCCUCCCCGGCUAUGUUCACUCAAUCACCUCCACCGAAAAGUACAUCAUUUUACCGAUCACGUCGCUACUCAUCAACCCGUGCAAGUUCAAGGAACCCCCAAUGACCAACCCUCGCUCGGCGAUCCAGAAUGGAGGCCUCUGGGGCAUGGAUUUCUAUGAUAUGGUACCGAUGAGAUUCUUGGUGUUCAACAAGAAGACAAAAGAAUGGGUGACGCCAAAGCCGCUUGAAGUCGUCUACGACAGCCACGACCCCUACGUCAAGUACUUCUACACGGAUUUCCUCACCUCUCAGCUCUACCCGUCCACCGCCAGAAUUCUCCGAUUCACCCUCGACGUCAAGCAGCACCGCGUCAUGUACUCGUACUUGAUCCCGCAGGAAACCAUCUCCGCCGAUUUCCCGCAAAUCAACCGCGGCUACGAGGCGCGGGCCUAUCAAUGGAGCUGGAUCGUCGAGCAUCCGUUUGCUGCUGAUAACAAGAUUAUCAAGAUCAACGUCGACGACCCAUCCGGGCAGCGAAACGUCGAGUACAAGGCCGAAAGCUCUCUUGUGCUUCACGAACCGUGGUUCGUGGCGAGGCCAGACUCCAGAAGGGAGGACGACGGGGUUUUGCUAGUCAGAGCUCUCGAUUUGCAUGAGAAUAAAGGUGUGUUGCUGGUCCUGGAUGCCACGACAAUGUCGGAAAUCGGACGAGCGUACGUGCCGAUAAAUGUUCCAUUUGGGUUCCACAAUCGAUUCUUCUCGAAGAAGGAUCUCGGCCUCCCCGAAGGCGUCCCACCAACCCCCCAACUUGCCUCGCAAUUCCGCCCUGGCAGCCCCACCGAACUUCUGAAGCGCAGGCCAAGCUCAUCCUCGCGACCGAUCUACCAGACGAUCAAGACGACGACAACGACUACCACGACGCCGAGACCGCAAACUAUGACGACACAAAAAUGGACUCCCUAUGUAACGACGACGACUGAAGCGACGACGACCACCCCACCACCUACCACAACCGCCAAGAUUCCAAGGUGGUGGCCACUGGCUAGUGCUGCGACUGAAGAACCGUGGUGGCAGAAGGUGGCCCCGGUCUCGACAAACCAGAUCUCGACCGAGAACCUGAGGGGCAAUAACGCGACAGCGAUCGAGGAUAUCUAUGAGGAGACGCUGAACGCGUUGUGUCGAUGGUUGCCGAAGGUGUUCUCGGCCAUCUCCCACGACCUGUGCAUCCAAAAGGGCAAACAGGCAGCCAAAUGGGUCGCCCCGCUGGCCAACUCGUACGCCGAGCGUUUCCGGGCGUACAAGCUGACGAGGACCCGCACCUGGUGGGAAGACGAGCGGAAGACGCUGUUGGCCUACGGAAACGAAUACGGCGUAGCCGAAGCACGAUACAAACUCGGCCCCGCCUCUUUGCGUCGGUGGGAAGGGAAUCGGUGUACCCAUGUUCCCCCAGAGGUCGAUCGUGAACGGGCGGCCGCGCGGGACCUCUUUCUUCUCUUCAACAACGCCACCUUCGAUCAGGACGAUACCUUACAAGUCUUUUCAGCCCAAUUGGAGCCGCAAUGCGUCACCCUGGACGUCGGGAAUGAUGGUGCUGGAAAACUUCGCGCGGCUGUACGAAAAGUGACAUCAAUUCUCCCGGGUCUGCAAAAGCUGUGGCUGCUAAUUCCCUACAAAGUCGCGGAAAUCGCCAUGCUCGUCGACGUGAAGACCCCCGCGAUCACGGCCCAAUUCGCACUGCUUGAAGUUUUUAUACGAGGACUUCCCGCCGAUCCCGACGUUCUCAAGCAGCUCAACAACACCCUGGAGACGACGCUGAACACCCUGAUCGAGCAGUGGCAGCGUCGUGAGCGGGAGAUAGACAACAUCGCGCUGAUCGCACUGUGGAAAAUGGUCUCAGCUGCUGGGCUGCCGUCUAUGCGGACCAACUGGACCCAUCUCUGCCCUGAUCCCCCCGAGACUGAGGUGUCAUCCAUCGUCUUCGUCCAUCAUCUGCCGGUGACCUCGUUCGCAACUGUGCUUAUGGCGAGUCCCUACGCACACAGCAUGGCGGUGACCGAAAAGUCGCUACUGCUGGCAACGAUCAUCGUAGAGAGGACAUUAGCCGCACCUCUACGAAGAAAUGAUGGGAAAAAGCUGGUCAAAAAUGAUUCCUCAAAAAAGGAGCGCACGGCCAUGAACCAAAAUCUGGCGAAAUUUCGAUGUCGCCGAGAAGAUGCUUGGCGAACAAGGAGGCAUAUUUUGGCGCUCGCUACGAGGAACGGGGCCUUGCGACGCCCUCAGAAUAACGUUCGGCUACAAAACGAUGUCCGUGUGACAGAACUGAACCGCCUGCUCUUCGCCGCAGGGCAGCAGGAAGUAGAUCUAGGCGCCGCGCUUACGAGGCUCGGGCUCCAGCUCCAUAACGUCACGCUCGGCUUGGAGGAAGCCAGAAGCCUUGAUGACGACACGAAAAUCACCAGUUCCAUCGUCGACACGUUUUUGAAGCGGUUCAAGGACGCGGCCAACAAGGAUGCAAAUGCCACAAAGUUGCAGACCCUGACUGUACAGCAAUGGGCCAAUUUGGAAAAAUUAGGGGCGUACAAGCUGACGAGGACCCGCACCUGGUGGGAAGACGAGCGGAAGUCGUUAUUGGCGUACGGCAAUGAAUACGGAUACCAAUACGGCGCCGUCUAUUACCGUUGGUGCAACGAGAAUCGGUGCACCCAUCUGCGUCCAGGCGUGGAUCGUGAACAGGUGGCCGCGGAGGACUUUUUUAUUCUCUUCAACAACGCCACCUUCGAUCAGCUCGGCGUCGGCCCCGCGUGGCAGCUUCCCAGCACCGACAAGUACAAAAUCCCCCCGGCCAUCCGAGCCCACACGGUUAUGUUGUCACGCCCAAAUGAAGAGCAUUACGCCCAGAUGGUCGAACUGGAGCCGCAAUGCGUGACCCUCGACGUCGGGGAAGAUGCGGAAGCGGGCGAACUUCGCGCGGCUGGUCUGAAAAAGCUGUGGCUACUUCUUGCCUACGAAGCCCUGGAAAUUGCUAUGCUAGUCGACGUGAAGACCCCAGCGAUUACGGCGCAUUUCACAUUGGAACGAGAUUAUGAAAAACGAGGACCCCCCGACCCGGUUCUCGUCAAGCAGCUCAACAGCACUUUGGAGGCCACGCUGAACACCCUGAUCGAGCAGUGGCAGAGGCGUGAGCGUGAGAUCGACCACAUCGCGCUGAUCACGUUGUGGGCCGCAGAAGGUCUUCCGCCUCUGUGGACCAGCUGGAAGCGUCUCUGCCCUGGAGCGCGUGAGCUGCCCGCCAAGCUGUGCCAGGGAAAGAUCGAUCCGUACCGCAUCGCCUGGGCCAAAGAGUCGCGCGGAUUCUGGCUGAUUCGCCGAGGACCAGGGAGUCACGAAGGCCUGCUGAUCGGUGUGAAAGGGCCGAGUUUUCUGCUCAUCGGCUGUGACUACAACUUCCGCAGGUGGCGCACCCGUAAACAGUGCGCUGCGUUCUUCGCCGCCUCGAACAAAGCCCAGAAGCGAAUCCAAGCGGCCUUCGCCGGCGAUAACCCCGAGGUGGUAGAGGCCAACCGAUGGCCGAAGAAAAGCCGAAAGAUCAUCACCGAUCGUCUCGCCGCGACGCGACGUGCUGAACUAGCGCUGAAGAAGUGGUCGAAGAAGGCCCCGUACAACUCGCUGCCCACCCGCGAGAAGGCCAUCGAUCGUCUGUUGUAUGGUUCGGUGCGCCGCGGAUCCAGCGGAAAUUCGUUCACGCCGACGAUGGAAUUCGAGCCCCCGGAGGAUCAGUUCAUGCACCACUACGUCUGGACCUAC